GGAGUUUGGAUAGGCUUCCCUUCAGCAAACAGCCUGGUAGUUCUAUUCAGCCGCUUACCGCGCGCUCUCUUGUGCGGCAAUUGGGCGACCGCCGCCGCCCUAACUCAGGUGCCGAGGUCUUCGCCAGUAACUUCAACAGGUCCUCGCCUGGUCCUUCGCUGGCGAGGAGCAUCUCCACCAGUACUAUCACAUCAAUGCCCCGACAAUGAUUUCUUUGAUUUCAUCCUUUGGUAAAUUUUCGUAUUAACAAAUUCUAUGAAGACUUUCUGCUGGUUCAGGUGCGAAUCAUGGGGAAGUUUAUGCAUGACAAUCCAAUGCUAUCAUGUAGUGAAGUAAACAGACAUCACUAUAGUCUUGCGGCAGUUGCUGUCGGUUUGGGACUAGGAGUUGCCGGGUUAUGCAAGGCAUUGUAUAGUGGUCUGUCCAUACCAUGGGUUUCUCCAAGGAAUUUGUUUUCGGGAUCAGGGAGGGCAUACUAUGUUGGAGGUCUGCGAAAUCUUGGCAACAAUUGCUUUCUUAAUGUCAUCCUCCAGGCACUUGCCAGCUGUGAUGGUUUUAUUUCCUUUCUAGAUAAUUUGCUUGCAACUGAUGGCUUGCUACCUGAAGAAAAGGCUGUAAGAAUGCCUCUUCUUCUUGCUUUAAGUUCUCUCUUGGAAGACUUAAUCAUAGUUCGAGAUGAAAGGACUGUGUUGAAUCCACAUGGAGUAAUGCAUGCUUUGAGUUUGUAUGUUGGUCACUUCAAUCUGACCAGACAGCAGGAUGCUUCAGAAGCUUUUCUCCAUCUUCUGAUCUCAUUGAGGGAUGAAUUUGCCCAUUGUUAUGUACCACAUAGGAGUUCUCUGGCAGACAUCACCCUUUCUGACUCCAAAGUAUACAAGCAAAGGGAAGGUAACCUGCCUGAAUGCAAGCGCUGGAAACAAAACCUAUUUGGCCCCUUUGAUGGGACAGUUGGCAGCAUAUUGUCUUGCAGAAACUGUUCUUCUGUGCUGUCAUUGGACUUCGAGAAUUUCCACUGCUUGCCUCUUUCGCCAGUCCUUAAUGCAAAUGGAGAUAUUACCAGUGGGUGUAGUUUGGUGGAUUGCCUAAAGUACUUCACUGUGGUGGAGCAUCUUGACAACUAUCGUUGUGACCGGUGUUGGCACAUCAUUGCUGCCAAAUAUCUUUCUCUUAGAUCAGAAGUUGAUGAGGAAAAGGUUAGCAAGCUUCAAUCCUGUGUCGACUAUGGCACUUGCAGUUGCAGGGAUAUGUUCCCCCUGGAGUCACUGCCAUGUUCAUCAUCUUCACGAGCAACAAAGCAGCUGAUUAUCAGUCAGUGCCCGAAGAUUCUGUGCAUUCAUUUUCUACGCGCUUCAGUCGGUCUUGACGGCGAGCCCAUCAAACAUCAGGGACAUAUUUCUUUCCCUUUGCUUCUCAAUCUGUCCCCGUUUACGGGAGGCGCGUCGAGUGCUGGACCUUUAGCAAUGAAUGCGCAAAGAGAUGGCCAGCAAGCUCUCCAUCUAUACCGGCAACUGAAUAUGCAGGCUAAUGCUGACGUGUCCAGUAGUUCAUCAUCACCACCGCAGCUAUCAAGGAGCAAGUUAUACGGUCUCGCGGCCGUCGUGGAGCACUACGGGAAGUGUGGAGGAGGGCACUACGCAGUCUACAGGAGAGUCGCGUCGAAUCCUGACCCUGAUGAUCCAGGCAAACCUGUUGCAGGCCUUGGCAAGCGGUGGUUUUACAUCUCAGACGGCUACGUGUCAGAAGUUCCAGAGGAGGAUGUACUGCGCGCGGAGGCCACGCUCCUUUUCUACGAGAGAUUGUAGCCGCUUGUUGAGUAGCUAACGUGUGCAUCAUAACAAAAUCUAGGACAGUUUUGUUGUGAGGAGUCUGAUGUUCUUAGCGGUACCGUGAGCUUCCAAGUAGACGAGGAAACUAGCUGUGGCACAAAAAACAAAGCCUCUCGGCAUCUCGACGUGGACUGCAGGCGUGUCUUAGGCAGUGUGGCCUACUUUUUUUUUGGGUCCUUGCAAACGUUAAAAUAAUUCUUCAUGCAAUACGUCAGUGAGGUCUUCCUCUUGAGAAUAAAUCAGAUCACCAUUGUUUUGCGACA